AUGGUACAAGCCAAGCCGCCCAGUCUGUGGAGGGGGGUCUAUUGGGGUGGGGACUACAACUCCCAGCGUGCCCCGGGGCGGGUGGAAGAGGGAAGAUGGCCGAAUACCUGGCCUCCAUCUUCGGCACCGAGAAAGACAAAUGAGUGGGGGGAGGGGGGCAAAGAUCGGGGCUUGUCGGCACGGAGACAGGUGUUCCCGCCUCCACAACAGACCCACCUUCAGCCAGACCAUCGUGCUGCUGAACCUGUAUCGGAACCCCCCAGAACACGGCCCAGUCGGCAGACGGCUCGCACUGAGGUCUUCACGGAGCUGGAGGAGAAGUAUGGGGAGAUCGAGGAGAUGAACGUUUGUGACAACCUUGGGGACCACCUGGUCGGCAACGUCUAUGUCAAGUUCCGGCGGGAGGAGGACGCCGAGCGGGCCGUGGGGGAGCUGAACAAUCGCUGGUUCAAUGGCCAGGCCGUGCGGGCCGAGCUGUCCCCAGUCACCGACUUCCGUGAGUCCUGCUGCCGCCAGUACGAGAUGGGAGAGUGCACACGCGGCGGGUUCUGCAACUUCAUGCACCUGCGGCCCAUAUCCCGGGAGCUGCGCCGGCAGCUCUACGGGCAGAGCCAGCGCGGGCGGGCCCCGUCCUUCUCGCGUUCCCACAACCGGCCCCGUGGCAAGAAACGCCAGAGCUCGCCCGACCAUCGCUAUGGAUGCUUCUGACCCCUCCCCGGGCUCCUUGCCUCACCUAGCCCCCCCCAGCCACCAGGUCACCUGACCUGCCAUAGACCCAGCGGAAGUGCGGCUGCUGGAGUCCCCACGGUGGGCGGGUUUGGGGAUCCCUAAGGCCCCUCUCUAUUUACAUUCUGCUAGUCUAACCCUGCGUAGCCCAUGAGUGUUUUGGGGGGGCCUCUCCCCGGCUGUGGAGUCGGUAGGACCCAGGCAUCCGGGGAGGACUACUCAGGGAGUGAUGGUCUGAACUUUGUCCCUCCCCCUGUGUGGGAUGUAAUGAUGAGAGCUGGAAUAAACUAGACAUGAUCCACCCCA